AUGAGCCAGUCAGGAGCCAUGAGCUGCUGUCCUGGUGCUGCCAAUGGCAGCCUGGGCCGGUCCGAUGGUGCUGCUAAGAUGAGCGCGAAGGAUCUGUUUGAGCAGAGGAAGAAGUACUCCAACUCCAAUGUCAUCAUGCACGAGACCUCCCAGUACCAUGUCCAGCACUUGGCCACAUUCAUCAUGGACAAGAGCGAGGCCAUCGCAUCUGUGGAAGACGCCAUCCGGAAGCUGGUGCAGCUCAGUGCCAAGGAGAAGGUCUGGGCACAGGAGGUGCUGCUGCAGGUGGACGACAAGGCCCUGCGGCUGCUGGAUGUUGAGAACCAGGAAGAGCUGGAGAACUUCCCGCUGCCCACCGUGCUGCACAGCCAGACGGUCCUGAACCAGCUGCGCUACCCCUCGGUGCUGCUGCUGGUGUGCCAGGACUCCGAGCAGAGCAGGCCCGACGUGCACUUCUUCCACUGUGACGAGGUGGAGGCGGAGCUGGUGCAGGAGGACAUCCAGAGCGCACUGGCUGACUGCCGGAUGGGGAAGAAGUUGCGGCCACAGACCCUGAAGGGGCACCAGGAGAAGAUCCGGCAGCGGCAGUCCAUCCUGCCACCUCCCCAGAGCCCAGCUCCCAUCCCCUUUCAGCGCCAGGCUGGGGACUCUCCUCAGGCCAAGAACCGCGUGGGCCUGCCAGCACCAGUCACAGAGCCAGGCUACCGCCGCCGGGAAUCGCAGGAUGAGGAGCCUCGGGCGGUGCUGGCUCAGAGGAUAGAGAAGGAGACGCAAAUCCUCAACUGCGCCCUGGACGACAUCGAGUGGUUCGUGGCCCGGCUACAGAAGGCGGCCGAGGCUUUCAAGCAGUUGAACCAGCGGAAGAAAGGGAAGAAGAAGGGCAAGAAGGGGCCGGCAGAGGGCGUCCUCACGCUGCGUGCCCGGCCCCCCUCUGAGGGUGAGUUUGUCGACUGUUUCCAGAAAACCAAGCUGGCCAUCAAUCUCCUGGCCAAGUUGCAGAAGCACAUCCAGAACCCCAGUGCGGCGGAGCUGGUGCACUUCCUCUUCGGGCCUCUGGACCUGAUCGUCAACACCUGCGGAGGCCCAGACCUCGCCCGCUCUGUCUUCAGCCCACUGCUCUCCCAGGAGGCUGUGGCCUUCCUACGUGGCCACCUGGUACCAAAGGAGAUGUCACUGUGGGAGUCCCUGGGGGACACCUGGACACGGCCCCGCUCUGAGUGGCCGAAGGAGCCACAGGUGCCCCUGUACGUGCCCAAGUUCCACAGUGGCUGGGAACCGCCUCUGGAGGUGCUGCAGGAGGCUCCCUGGGAGAUGGAAGGACUGGCCUCUGACCCCAAUGACCAGCCCACCCCUGUGAGCCGACUAUCCAUAAGAAACUCCCCGAAACACAGUCUCUCCUCUGAGUCCACACCCCAGGGGGAUGUCUUACCACCAGUCAGCUCCCCACAUUCCCACAGGGGCCACCAGCCAACACCAGCCACGGCCAAGUACGUGAAGAUUCUCUACGACUUCACAGCCCGCAAUGCCAACGAGCUGUCCGUGCUCAAGGAUGAGGUCCUAGAGGUACUGGAGGAUGGCCGGCAGUGGUGGAAGCUUCGCAGCCGAAGUGGCCAGUCUGGCUAUGUGCCCUGCAACAUCCUGGAUGAGGUUCGGCCAGAGGAUAUUGGUGCCCCACUGGAGCAGGCCAGCCAGAAAUACUGGGGUCCCGCCAGCCCGAUGCAUAAACUGCCCCCGAUCUUCGCAGGGAACAAAGAUGAGCUGAUCCACCACAUGGAUGAAGUCAACGAUGAGCUCAUGAAGAAAAUUAGCCACAUCAAGGCGCAGCCGCAGCGGCACUUCCGCGUGGAGCGCACCCAGCCGGUGCACCUGCCACUCACCUUUGAGUCCGGCCCGGAUGAGGUCCGUGCCUGGCUAGAAGCCAAGGCCUUCAGCGGCCGGAUCGUGGAGAACCUGGGUAUCCUGACCGGACCCCAGCUCUUCUCCCUCAACAAAGAUGAGCUGAAGAGGGUGUGCGGGGAGGAGGGCAUCCGCGUGUACAGCCAACUCACAGUGCAGAAGGCGAUGCUGGAGAAGCAGCAAAGUGGGUCGGAGUUGGAGGAACUCAUGAACAAGUUUCAUUCCAAGAACCAGAGGAGGGUGGAGGACAGCUAG